AUGGAAGGCGCUGCCGGCCAUGAUCCGUGCCCGAUUGACAGGUCCAGGCCGGCCGGUGCGCAGGCGCGACGUGCUCUGGGGAGGGGACGAACACUGAGCGGCAUGAUGAUACUGGAAGUCAAUGGCUACUCCAUUUCCAUCCAAUUUAGCUACUUUUCACGCCCACCGGCCCCGCCCAGCCCGCUUCUAGAAUCGCUAGCAUCGGCCGCUCCCCUUCUUAUCUCUUCGUUGUCUGGAAUCCUGUCAGUCACUUUCCCCUCGAGCUCUCCCGUUCCUAUCUUCUUCUCUUCUCGUGUAGGGUUACUAAUCCUGCUAGGGAUCAGUAACUGCGGAUUUUCUUGGAUCAAGGAUUUACUUUGGCGAAUCUGCUCCUUUUUUGUAUGGUUUGCCCUGUUUGUUGCUGUCCUGGUGCUCCAUGCUUUUCGUUUGUGCCAGCUGAUGAAGUCCUUGAAGUUUUUGAUGUUGUCCUUGAUGAUUUUUUGCUUUACGAGGAUGGUGGUUUCAGAAGAUGCAGCAUCUAAAAUAAAAUUCAGACAAAAUAUACUGGAGAUGGGGCAGCAAAUAAUGAUAUACCUUUGCCUGAUCAGAAGCAAUUUGAUCUCCAGAGGAACUAAACUUUGGGAAAUCGAAGGAGAAGUAUAUUGCCAGCAAUAAUCCUGUGGAGAAGUUACCCAGAAAUAUCAGAAGACAGGAGGAGAUCUGAGCUUUGUUUCUGCUUCCAUGGUGGCGGCUGUGUGGAUGUCGAGGAACAAAGCAGAGGGGGCAAGGAGGAAGACCUAGUGAGCUGUACGUUUAUUGGAUCUUUAGUUUAGCGGGUUUUCAGGCCCUUUUUCUUUCUGGGCUAGACAGAUAGCAGAAGAAAGAAACAGAAACUACUGAGCCUUUUUGCAUUAUUGGGUUGUCGACUGAUCCCAGUUUUGGGUCAGUCAGUUUUCUAUUGGAUUGGUUUGUUUGUACUUUUGCAACAAUCGACUGACCCCUAUCUUGUGUCGGUCGAUUGACCUCUAGCCAAUCCCUUUCCAUCCUUC